AUGAAUCUGAAAAGUGGUGGAGAUCUGGUUUUGCAGAGGAAUUAUAACAGUUCAAUGGGGAAGAAGCAUAUCGUGAAGCCUGCUGGGUCUUUGGAGUUGAGCAGUUCCUUCAUUGAUUUUGGACAUGAUAGGCGGCUCUCAGUCAAAGCUCUUCCUCGUAUUGCCAAUCGGAGUUUGAGGAAUCGGAGGCUUAAGAUUGUCAAUGGAUUUGCUGGGCAGUAUGAAGACAGCUUUGACGAUGUUAAAACUUUCACUGGUGCUAAGUCGAGAGUAAAGCACAAUCUUAGAAGGCUUUACCGUUUAAUAUUUGCAGCUUGUCAAGUGCAUUGGACUAUUAACCAUAUAGCAUGA